GCAUACUUCACGAGAGGCACGCAGAAAUGAUCGGACAGUUAUUGUGAAAACAAGUGCUUGAUAAUAAGUACUGAAAGCGCACGGAAGUUUUCAUAUUAUUCUGAGAUACCUAGAACGAAUUUCACCUCUCCUAAUCAGCCUUCAUGCUUGCCUCAACUUCGUAUUGCUUCGUUAUAAAUUUGGUAUACUAAAUGGGCGCUACAUUUGCGAACAAAAUGCCUAAGCUUUAUAAACUCAGCGCGGUCGUUCGGAUAUUUAUUCUGCUCGCUCUCUGCGGUCUUAGCAAUGCACAAGUACUUUACGUUGACGACUUUUGUGAUUUCGCUGGCUACGAUGGCAUAUGUUUGGAAGCUAGCAAGUGUACUGACCUGCAGGCCAAAAUGCAGGCAAUGACUUUGGAAAGCCAUCACGUGGGCCGCUGUAGCUUCGGCGUUAGAGAGGAGAUUAUAUGUUGUCCAAAGUGGCAAACACCGGUGCAAACCCCACCCAAACUUCCCAAUGCUUUUAUAGAUCUCUCCAAACAGCCUGAGUUUCAACAUAAGUCGCCACCAGACGGUGCGUUUAGUGAUAGUUCUAUUCCCAUCACUACAAGUGCACCCAUAAAUUUUCCUCAAAAUGGACUCUUCGUUGCAAAUCCACUGCCAAAUGUACAGGAUAACCAAAAUAUAAAUGGCAACCCUGUUGUCGAUGAAAAUGAAAGAAUGAAUGCUAUAUUCGGUGUUAACCCUGAACAGAUCGGAAAUGAUAAAGAUGAAAAGAAGGCCAAUUCUCUCCCGGUUGUAAAUGAAAAUAAUAACGGGUUCUUCAUUUCAAAUCCAGUGCUGAAUGUACAGGCUAACCAAAAUUUAAAUGGCAACCCAGCUCUCGAUAAAAAUGAAAGAAUAAAUGCCAUAUUCGGUGUUAACCCCGAACAGAACGGAAAUGAUAAUAAUAAAGAUGAAAAGAAAGUGAAUUCUUUCCCGGUGGUAAAUGAAAAUAAUAACGGAAUUUUCAUUGCAAAUCCACUGCUAAAUGUACUGGAUAACCAGUUAAUUGGUUACCCAGUUAUCGAUGAAAAUGAUAGAUUAAAUGCCGUAUUCGGUGUUAACCCCGAACAGAUCGGAAAUGAUAAUAAUGUAGUUGAAAAGAAGGGAAAUUCUUUUCCAGUGGUGAAUGAAAAUAAUAACGGAUUCUUUGCUACAAAUCCAGUGCUGAAUGUACAGGCUAACCAAAAUUUCAAUGACAACCCUGUUAUUAAUGAAAAUGAUAGAUUUAAUGCUAUAUUCGGCGGUAAUCGUGAAGAGGCUGGUGUUGAUAAAAUCCAAGAGGAGAGGAAGGGAAAUCCGGUACCCGUUAUAAAUGGAAAUAAUGGAAUUGUCAGUGCAAAUCCAGUGCCGAGUGUACAGAAUAGCCUUAAGUUGAAUGGUAACCCUGUUAUCGAUGAAGAUCAUAGAUUAAACGCUAUAUUCGGUAAUAAUCUUGAACAUAACAGCAAUGAUGAAAGUAAAGAAAGAAAUCCUGCACCGUUCGUAAAUGGAAAUAAUAACGGAUUCUUCAGUGCAACUCCAGUGCCGAAUGUACAAGGCAAUGGACAAUUUAUUGGUAGCCCUGUGAUCGAUGUAAAUGAAAGAGUCAAAGCUAUAAUAACCCUGUACAGCUAGAAAGUGAUAAUAGUAAGGAUGGUAAGGGAAAUAUUGCUCCGGUAGUGAAUGUAGAGGGCAACCAAAAUUUUAAUGGCAACCCUGUUGUCGAUGAAAAUGAAA